GCUAGAACCACAGGUGGCCUCCUCUUCCCCAAGCGGAGCUCCGGACUCGGGCGGGUCCCGCUUCCCGGGGGUGCUUCCCAUUCCGCAGCUGGGGUUCGAUCCGAACCUGUGCCUUCCUUUCUCACCAGAACCCCACUCGCCUCGCCGCCAGGAGCACUUGCGGUCGAGGGUGGCCUGGACCAGGACCAGCGUGCUACGGAUGCUACUUGUACCCGUGGCGCCUUCUCCCGAUUCGGGCCCGGGUCCCCAACUCUCUUUCCUCCCAGGACCCAGCUGGAUGGGGAGCACUCCCGGGUUCCCGCUGCUUUCUGUUCCGCGGGCCCGGAGCUGCGCGGCCAAUUCCCAGCAGGGGCCGCUUCCACUCCCGGGGCACGCUCUUUAAACCCCUCGCUCACGGUACCCGCCUCUCCAAAGCGCCCGUCCCGGCCGGGGGGCAAGCGCUCCUCAAGGUCCCGCGCGGGGCGCGGGCGCCAGACCCGCGGAGGGGAGGCGCAAGGGGCGGGGGAGGGUCGGUUUCCCACGUGGGGGCUGACGCCGGCUGCUCGGCAACGCUGGCUUGAUCCUGGGGCUAUAAAACCAGUCCACGGUGAGCGCGGCGGAGCAGCAGAGGCUCUGGCUUCGGUGCAGACGCCCAGCAGCCGGAGCGCUGCCGCCCGGCCACCCCCAGCAGCUUCUCCCCCUAGCCCCGCGUUCCUGCCCCAACUCACGGUGCCCUCGGACCCCGGCCGGUCCGGCUGGGCUGCGGCCAGCGCCCGCAGCUCGCCGGGCCAACGCCCAGAAGACCCUCUGCCUCGGCCGCGGCUCCCGGCGGGCCGGUCGCCCACCUGCCCCGGCCCACCUGAGGACGGGGGCGUCUUCAUGCGGCCCGCACAGCGCUCACCCCGCCGCCGUCGCCGCCCCAGAGCUCCGCGCGCUGCGACCCAGCCCCAGCUGGGCACGCAACUUUGGAAGUCCGGCGGCGCUCCGAGAGGCGGUAGAGUCCGCACGCUGGCCCCAGCCCGGGCCCGGCCGGCACCGCCGCGUCUGGGGGAAGCGGGAGAGUCGGUAUUCGCUUCGGGGAUGUAAGAAGACAGGCGCGAGACCCCAGGCCCGCGUCAGCGCCCUUCGGCUGCCUCCCGGGGUGGGGGCGGGCCCCGCACACGGUAAGACCUCUUGCUUUCGCUCGGGCUCAAGAGUCAAGAUAUAGAUAUAUUUUUAAAAAUUUUCCGUCAUCCUUCCAAGUCCUCAGGCCACCGAUGGUGUUUGUUCUCCCUUCUUGAAGGAUCUCUCUCCCUUUCCCCAUCGGCUCGACCUACUCUCUCCCGCCGCUUAGAAAUAAAACUUGUGCUGAGCUGGGAAAGAGAAGGCGCCCACCACGAGCGCCGCAAGCGCAGGCCGGGCGCCGUUCGUGGGAGCCGGGCCCAUGGGCUGCUAGCGGCUCUCCAGCUCCGGCCGGCGUCCCUGCGGUCCCCUCCCCAUGUGAGGCGCGUAAGGGCGAGCGGGGCGCGGGAGGAAGAGGAGGACCCACGGGCGCUGGGCCGGAAGGCAACUGGCAGCAGGCCCAGGCAAGCGGGCAUCCGCGUUCAUGUUCCGCCAGGAGCAGCCGCUGGCCGAGGGCAGCUUCGCGCCCAUGGGCUCCCUGCAGCUGGACGCGGGCAACGCGAGCUGGAAUGGGACCGACACGCCGGGGGGCGGCGCCCGGGCCACCCCUUACUCCCUGCAGGUGACGCUGACUCUGGUGUGCCUGGCCGGCCUGCUCAUGCUGCUCACGGUGUUCGGCAACGUGCUGGUCAUCAUCGCGGUGUUCACGAGCCGCGCACUUAAGGCGCCCCAGAACCUCUUUCUGGUGUCUCUGGCCUCGGCCGACAUCCUGGUGGCCACGCUAGUCAUCCCUUUCUCGCUGGCCAACGAGGUCAUGGGCUACUGGUAUUUCGGCAAGGCGUGGUGUGAGAUCUACCUGGCGCUCGACGUGCUCUUCUGCACCUCGUCCAUCGUGCACCUGUGCGCCAUCAGCCUGGAUCGCUACUGGUCCAUCACGCAAGCCAUCGAGUAUAACCUGAAGCGCACGCCGCGCCGCAUCAAGGCCAUCAUCGUCACCGUGUGGGUCAUCUCGGCCGUCAUCUCCUUCCCGCCGCUCAUCUCCAUCGAGAAGAAGGGCGGCGGCGGCGGCGAGCAGCCGACCGAGCCGCGCUGCGAGAUCAACGACCAGAAGUGGUACGUAAUCUCGUCGUGCAUCGGCUCCUUCUUCGCGCCCUGCCUCAUCAUGAUCCUGGUCUACGUGCGCAUCUACCAGAUUGCCAAGCGCCGCACCCGCGUGCCGCCCAGCCGCCGGGGUCCGGACGCCGCCGCCGCGCCGCCGGGGGGAGCCGAGCGCAGGCCCAACGGCCUGGGCCCGGAGCGCGGCGUGGGCCCCGUGGGCGCCGAGGCCGAGCCCCUGCCCGCCCAGCUCAACGGUGCCCCCGGGGAGCCCGCGCCCGCAGGGCCACGCGACGCUGACGCUCUGGACUUGGAGGAGAGCUCGUCCUCCGAGCACGCCGAGCGGCCCCCGGGGCCCCGCAGGUCCGAGCGCGGCCCCCGGGCCAAGGGCAAGCCCCGGGCGAGCCAGGUAAAGCCCGGGGACAGCCUGCCCCGGCGUGGGCCGGGGGCAACGGGGCCCGGGGCGUCGGCGGCGGGGCCCGGGGAGGAGCGCGGCGGGGGCGCCAAGGCGUCGCGCUGGCGCGGGCGGCAGAACCGCGAAAAGCGCUUCACGUUCGUGCUGGCCGUGGUCAUCGGCGUGUUCGUGGUGUGCUGGUUCCCCUUCUUUUUCACUUACACGCUCACGGCCGUGGGCUGCUCCGUGCCGCGCACGCUUUUCAAGUUCUUCUUCUGGUUCGGCUACUGCAACAGCUCCCUGAACCCAGUCAUCUACACCAUCUUCAACCACGACUUCCGCCGCGCCUUCAAGAAGAUCCUCUGCCGAGGGGACAGGAAACGGAUCGUGUGAGCGCCGGGUCCGCGACCCGCCAACAGACUGGCGCCCACUGCAGUCAGCGGGGAUCGAGGGGAGCGUCUAUAUAGCCCAGCACUCUGAAACCCGGGUCCUGCCUGCUCCGUGUUUCCUGGCCCGACCUUGCUCCGUGGCCUUUGUUCUUCCCUCUCAGGGAAAGGCUGAGAGGGCCACCGGCCUCCCAGUUGUUGUUAGGGCCGCUUGUGACUUGGAACGAUCUUCCUGGGUUCUUGGGCCCUCCCUAAUCAGUAUUGUUCCCUAAAGGUAUUUUCACCUCCCCUGAGUCCAGUUCUCAAUGCCGAUCAGAGCAAGCAAACACUGGGCCCCAGAGGGUACUGCUCACAAAGGAUUAAUGGAUGGGGUUACCCAGCCCUGGCUAAUUGCUCUCCCCCUUAUUCUAACUCUGUUUUUAAACAAAUGCUCAGGGCAGCCCUGCCCAUCCCCCCAUCCCCCACUGUAAAUACACACUAUUUUUGAUAGUACACGCUAGGAUCCCCAAUCUGGGCUUUUGAUGCUGUUGGAGAUGCCCUUGAGGCUGAUACAUUGUCUUUGGUUCAGGCCAACCCCCUUUGUAAUGCAAGUCGUUUUCCGGUGUCAUUACCUCCUGUGUCCUUUUCACCAGCAACUGGUGACUGUCCCUUGGGCCUGGACCUGCUUUGAGAUAUCCUGAGGGGGAAAAGAUUUCUGUCCAUUUUUUUCCUGUGCCUAACAGCAUAAUUGCCUUUUCCUAUGUAAAUACUACAACGAAGGACCAAGACAGAAGUAAAGGAACCUUUCUGCCAUGCAGCAGCCCUGUGUAUAAAGCCAUUAUCCUCUGAUGCACCCUUCACCCCAGCAACUCACUUUAAAAGUAUCUCUUUCCUGUGUCCCUCCCUCCCUCUUUCCUUCCUUCCCUCCUCUCUCCAGGGCCACUGCUUGAAGAAUAUGUAUGUUUCUAUCUUGUAUGUUUCUGCACCUGCCCCUCCCUCCCCAAAAGUGCUGACUGCAAGAAAUCUUUUGGUUGCUGUUUUUAGACGGAGGAGUGGAAAUUAUGUGGAAGAAGCAAACCUGAUACAAUUUGCCCAAGGUAAACAGUUUGAAAAGACAAAUGAGCCUGCCAAACUGUACAGUUCCUGCCCCAAGAGCUCUUAGGUAUCAAAGUGUUGUCCUUUCCCCCCUGCUUUUCUGGUUGAGAUCAUGUCAUUGAUGAACUCCCCAAAUCAAGGGAGAAGGGCAGAGACCUCGUGUUUACAUCUGAGUUUCUACCUGUUUUAGACAGAGACUCUCUAAGGCCUGCGCUCUUAUUUCACUAAAGACAAACUAAUGUCAGCACAUGUUGCUAAUGAUGGUGAAUUUUUUUUAAUAAAAAGUUUACAGAUCAAAUGUGAAAUAAAUAUGAAUUAAA